CUGGCUAGUAAGGAAACGGUUCGAAAACAAUGACUGGAAUCAAUUGGCUGUUGUGUUGUCUGACCUUUUGCAAUGUCGUGGGCUUUGGCAGCUCGACAUUUCAGUUCGCGUCGUACUACAACGACCAUAUGGUGCUGCAGCAGGGAGCGGGCGGGGCGAUUGUUUGGGGGACAUCCUCUAACCUCAGUGACACAGUACAGCUGGUCCUAAACGGUCACAAGGUCAGCGAAGAUGUAGUCACCCACAGCUCGACAGGAAUCAUGACUUGGAUUGCAAAAGUUGUUGUCAUUGGCGACAACUAUGGUCCGUACACCCUGGCGGCAAAGUCGGGUCAAGGGACGAGAACUCUACAUGAUGUCAUGUUUGGUGAUGUAUGGAUAUGCUCUGGACAGAGUAAUAUGGAAUUUAAUAUGUAUGGGGUUACAAAUCACUCCGCCGAGUUCGCAGAGGCUUCAAAUUACAGCAAUGUCCGCAUAUUCAAAACAAAGCACACACAGUCCAGCGUUGCACUGCACGACUUCAACGACACACCUUUCCUUAAUUGGUCUGUUCCAGUUCAAGCAACCCUAGGCGGGUUUUCGGCUGUUUGUUGGCUGUUUGGGAAGCAGUUGUCCUCACAAUUCAAAUAUCCAAUCGGAUUAAUUGAAUCUAACUGGGGUGGAACGAGAAUAGAAUGGUGGUCAUUGGCGUCUGCUCUUAGUAAAUGUCCUCACAAUGGAAAAAGAGCAAUCCAUAACUCGGAUUUGUGGAAUGCGAUGAUGAGUCCUUUUACCAGGAAUACUAUUUAUGGAGCUUUUUGGUAUCAAGGUAAGGCUGGUUGUAAUUUGGUAGACAUCUCCUAA